AUGACUUCCCUCCCCCCUCCAUACUCCGCCCACAAAUUCUUCUCGAGACGCACAGAACCUGCCGAAUAUCCUCCAGGCUAUACUCCCGGUGGCCUCUUCACCAAAUAUGCUAAUACUCCCGAAAAAAGGAAUCGUUCUCUCUCCCUCCGUUCCAAGAAGGCCCACCAGGGCAAUGACUCUGGCGGUGGCGGUACCACUCGUCGUUUCGGAUUCGCUUCUAUGAGAGCUAGCACCCAACCUGAACUCUCCAAGAAGCUCUACCGUUUAAUCAAAUCCGAAAACCACGUCAUAAGUGCCCACACUUCCGCCGGCCGCGAACAAAUCUCUAUCGCUGCCCAGCUCUCCGACUGGGGUCUCUCUACAAAUGAUGACGCUAUUUCCGACAUCUCCGACAAAAUCGGUGUCAUGCUCUCCGAACUUGGAGAAUUGGAAAUUACAUACGCUCAUAAUCUAGAAGACUUCAGAUCCGUUCUAAAAUCCGUUAGAAACGUCGAAGCUUCCGUCCAACCCAGUCGUGACAAACGUGCCAAAAUCACAGAUGAAAUCCAACGACUCAAAUACAAAGAACCUCAAUCCCCGAAAUUAGUCCAGUUGGAACAGGAGUUGGUUAGAGCCGAAGCGGAGAAUCUUGUAGCGGAAGCACAACUUUCCAAUGUUACCCGUCAAAAGCUGAAGGAAGCUUAUGCAUCACAUUUCGCAGCUGUGGUUGAACGUUCCCAGAAGCAGGAGAUCCUAGCUAAACAUUCGAGACGUAUUUUGGCGCUUCUUGACGAUACUCCUGUCGUUCCUGGUGAUGCUAGACCCGCUUAUGAUUUGGAACGCGAUGCUAGGCAGAUUUUGGCGGAUGCAGAAGAGGAUUUGAGAAAUUGGACUUUGGAGUUAGAAGAGGUUCCUACGAACGCUAGUUUGGAUGCUGGAGCGAUGCCCAGUUUGGCUAAUACUAGUAUCGUUUCUUCGGUUAAUGGCCAUGCGAACGGGGAGCAGGUUAACCUUCAAGGAAGUGAUGCUGCAGAGUCGAAGCAGGAGGUUGUCGUUUAG